AUCGCUAGGAUUUCAUAGUAUGACAGUAUCGUGACUUCAGUUUCCAUAAUAAACGGCCAAGUUCUGGUUAUAAAGGAAAAGCAGCUAUCUCACCAACAAUAAUGACGAGUUUUUCUCAGUUGUCAGUUGUUGAACACCGCGGUGUUAAAGAUUUGACCGAGGACGACGAAAAUGUCCUGUCAGUACGACAGUCUCGGAAGAAGAACAAGGGAAAGUCACCUGAGCGAACGGGACAUCUUGAAGGUCAAUCAACGGAGGAACAAAUCGCCGAACUUAGGGGUAACAUGGGGAUUAUUUUGGACGUAAGAGCGACAUGUCCGGGAUACGCACAGAAGGAAAGCCGUUUAAAGUCGUUUAAGAAAAUGCGCGAGAGGAACGGACACUCUGUAGACAUUCUUGCGACUACCGGACUGUACAGGACUAAAGAUGGUUCGACUAAGUGUUUCCACUGUGGAGUUUUUAUAAACGUUCCCGAAGGAGCUGAUCCCUGGGGAUACCACAUCACGAAUUCACCUUUCUGUGCCCAUAUGAGGAUGUGCAAGGGGGACAUGUUUAUAACAAAAGUUCUUAAAAGUGGAACAGACAUAGCAAAGGAAGACAUACCGAUUUCGUUCAGGAAAAGCAGCUCAAAACAUCGAACCUGCAGUCCAGAUUUCACUGAGGCUCUUGAAGAAAAUCAGAGACUAAAAGAAAAUAUGUUAUGUAAAAUUUGUUUUGAUGAUAUCGCCUGUAUAAUUGUGUUGUCUUGUGGCCAUAUGGCAUCAUGUUCUCAAUGUAUAUCUGCUCUCAGAAACUGUCCGAUUUGUAGGUCAGAGGUUAAAGGGACAGUGCGAGCGACACUUGUGCCUUCAGGGGCGUAAUCUAGACUGUUGUGAUUACGAUGUUUUUAUAAAACAUAUGUUUUGCUUAUGCUCAUACCAUGAUGUUGACUAUAUGUAGAGUGUACGUGGUUGUUAGCUAUGUAUUGCGAAUAUUCACUAAAGGUAGCACACCAGUAAUGAAAACCUAUACUUUUAACUCUUCAAUGUUGAUGCAUUAUCUACACAUCUUUUGAGGGUUUCAAGGUAGAGGUCGAAUCCAUCUAGAAACACACAUAUUUUUUUUCUUUAUUUCUCAUUGUUUUCAUUAGCUUACAUCUUUUCACAGAACAUUUUUUUGUUCUUUUUAACUUAAAAGAAAUUAAGUUCAUUUCUACACAUUAAAAUUAGCUUUUUGAAGAUUUUAUUACUUUUAGGCCGCCUGCUGAAAAAGGUAGUUCGGAUUUUCAUACUCUAUUUAUUUUAAAAUGAGACGGUUAAACAUUACGAUUUUUUGGGAAAAUGUUCCCAAAAGGUUAAAGUUAAUUACUAAUAAAGAACAGAUCAAGAAUAUUUCUAGAAAUUGAUGAUUUUGCUUUAAAACGUCUUUGUUCAAUUUUUUACGCGGUCAAAACAGUAUGUUAAAGUGACACUCUUAUUAAAAAAUCAAUACAUACACAUGUAUAACAAACAUCAUUUUUUGACUGAUAAACUUUUACUACUUACUAAAUAAUGCAAUUAUUGAAAAUAUUAAUUACUGAAAACAAGAUUGUAACCGUGUAUUUAAUAGCAGAAAGCGAAAAACAUCUUUUAAGGAAUAUUCAAACACUAUUAUUCAUUGUGGUAAAUCUUAUUUGAGAGUGCAUCUUUAAAAUUGUCAUACCAUAUAGCUAUUUCAGUACAGUUUGAUUAUAUUUGUUGAUGAUGUGAUAAAAGAUCCUUUCUGAAAGCAAAUAUAUUACUUGUUAUCCUGAUAUCAAAUUAUUAAAAUUAUUAUAUAAUAUAUAAAAAAUAAAUGAAAUGAAGUAUU